CUUCAUACAGCAACGAGUAAAUCACCAAUUAAAUCCUAACAAAAUGGCUUACAAGAUCGCAUUCGCAUUGGCUAUGCUCGCCGUGGCUCAAGCAGCAGUGCUGAGAACCGUCGCCCCAGUUGCCGUGGCCACCGCACCCGUUCUCGCCAAGCAGGUGGAACUCGAGGAAGUUGAUCCCCAUCCACAAUACUCUUACAGCUACGAUGUCCAGGACACUCUCUCCGGCGACUCCAAGGGUCAUGUUGAGGAACGUGACGGCGAUAUUGUCCGUGGUGAAUACUCCCUGAUCGAUGCCGAUGGCUUCAAGCGCACCGUCACCUACACCGCCGAUCCCAUCAACGGUUUCAAUGCCGUCGUCCGCCGUGAACCCAUCGUUGCCGUUGCCGAGCCCUUGGUUAAGGCUGCCCCCGUUGCCGUUGCCGCCCCUCUCGUCCGCUCUGCUCCUGUUGCCGUUACAACGCCUCUCGUCCGCUCUGCUCCCCUCGCGUUUGCUGCUCCUGCCAUCGCAGCCCCCCUGAGAUACACAGCGCCAGCCUAUGCCGUUAGGAACUUGUAAACUCUUGACUCCUGUCCUCAGACUUGACUUAAUGCUUGGUUUAUGAUUUGAAACUAAAUGCUUUUAAAAAAAAA